UCUUAUACACUGGUGUAUUACAGUUUGUGCAGAAGGAAUUCGAGUUUUCAGGAUUUAGGUUUUCCCUAUAAACACAAGGGUCUGGAGACUUGGAGGUUGGACAGUGUGGAGUGGAUGUGUCCUAUGACUGGCUAUGUCGUGCAUGGAUCCAUAUCAAUAUAUUAUUGUGGAGCAGCAGUACUCACACAAGCUCAAAGUGACUGUGGCUCGGGCUGAGAAUGUUACAAAGGGAUUGCUGGGAGACCUGCUGGACACACCAGACCCCUAUGUUGAACUGUUCGUCCCAUCUGCCCCCGAGGCAAGAAAAAGGACUCGGCACAUAAACAACAAUGUAAAUCCAGAGUGGAAUGAGACAUUUGAGUUCAUACUUGACCCCAACCAGGAGAACAUGCUGGAGAUUACAUUGAUGGAUGCUAACUAUGUCAUGGAUGAGAUGCUGGGGACUGCAUCAUACGCCAUCUCUAAAGUCAAGGUGGAACAGCCCGAGUUAGUUCUACUUCCCAUUGGCAAUACAACCAAAGUGUAUCUGGAGAUGUCUCUGGAGGUGUGCUCCUCCAUGGAUCUGCGUUUCAGCCUGGCACUGUGUGACAAGGAGAAGCUCUUUAGACAGACACGCGGGGAGAGGGUCAUGCUGGGUAUCAAGAAACUGCUGAACACAGAGAAGGCUCGCUAUCUCCCCACCUCUCUGCAGGAAGUGCCAGUGAUCGCCAUUAUGGGGUCUGGAGGAGGCUUCCGAGCCAUGGUGGGUUUCUCUGGGGUGGUGAAGGCCUUGUACGAGUCUGGAGUGCUGGACUGCGCCAUGUACAUGGCAGGGCUGUCAGGGUCCUCCUGGUACAUGUCUACGCUGUACUCACACCCUGGCUUCCCCACAACGGGCCCCAAGGAGAUCAACCAGGAGCUGAUGAAGAGAGUGAGCUGCAGCCCACUCCGGCUGCUCCUGCCCCAGCACGUCAAGCACUACAUCCAGGCCCUGUGGGCCAAGAAAGCCACGGGGCAGCCCGUCACUUUCACCGACAUCUUUGGCAUGCUCAUCGGAGACACGCUCAUUCCAGGGCGAAUGGACUGUAAGCUCAGCCAGAUGGCGGAUAAAGUGAGUGAGGGGCAGUGCCCACUGCCACUAUUCACCUGCCUGCACGUUAAACCUGAUGUUUCAGAGCUCAUGUUUGCAGACUGGGUGGAGUUUAGCCCGUAUGAGAUUGGAAUGGCCAAAUAUGGCACCUUCAUGACACCAGAUCUGUUUGGCAGUAAGUUCUUCAUGGGCACUGCGGUGAAGCGUUAUGAGGAGAACCCCCUGCAUUUCCUAAUGGGGGUGUGGGGUAGUGCCUUUUCCAUCCUCUUUAACAGAGUACUGGGGAUCAAAGGGGCCACAGCAGGCGGCACCAUGGAAGAAGAGCUUGAACAAAUAAAGCCGGAGCACAUUGUGGGAGAGGAGAGUCUUGACAAUGAGGAAGAACAACAUGAAAAAAUUGCCCAAUCGGGAGUGGAGGACGAGUACCACCAACGAGCCCAAGCCAGCUGGGUGCAGCGCAUGCUCACCUCCCUCGUCAGCGACUCCUCCCUGUUCAACACCCGCGAGGGCCGUGCAGGGAAGGUACACAACUUCAUGCGGGGCCUCAAACUCAACACUGCUGUGCCGUUCUCCCCCUGCGGAGACCGUGUGUGCCAGACGCCAGUCGAAGACGAAGGGGAUGCAGUCACAGACCCAGAUGAAUUUGAUUGCAUCUAUGAGCCCCUGGAUGUGAAAAGCAAGAAGAUCCAUGUGGUAGAUAGCGGACUGACCUUUAACCUGCCGUACCCCUUGAUACUGCGGCCACAAAGAGGAGUGGAUCUCAUUAUUUCCUUUGACUUCUCUGCUCGGCCCAGUGACUCCAGCCCUCCCUUUAAGGAGCUGCUGUUGGCAGAGAAAUGGGCCCGGAUGAACAAGCUGCCCUUCCCAAAAAUUGACCCUAAAGUGUUUGACAGGGAGGGCCUGAAGGAGUUCUACUUAUUCAAACCAGAGAGGGGUGAUAAGAACUGUCCUACUGUCAUCCAUUUUGUGCUGGCAAACAUACAUUUCAGAAACUUCAAGUAUCCAGGAGUUCCUAGAAACACUGAGCAGGAGAGAGAGUAUGCCGAUUUUGACAUUUUUGAUGACCCCGAGACACCUUACUCCACGUUCAACUUCCAUUACUCCAAUCAAGCCUUCACCCAGCUUCAUGACCUGAUGGAGUUCAACACCCUCAACAACACUGAGGUGAUUAAGACUGCAAUCAAGGAAAGCAUCCUUUACAGGAGGGAGAACCCUUCUCACUGUUCUGUCUCUCUCUCACUCUGUGAAAUGCAUAACAAAAAGUUUCUGAAAAGAGAGUCUCAUGACACAACCCAUGUUUAGCUGAAAUAAUGCUGACUUGCCAAUGUCUGGUGAAUCCUAUUACAUUUCGAAGUAUUACAAAUGGGAUUCGGAUUCAAAUGUUGGUCAGGCCAUGCUUACCGAGCCAUGCUCAUCAUUAAUGCAUGUAAAUCCUUCCAGGAGUCGAGAGUGCUCUCCUGUGAAACCAGUUACUUGCUCUUCAAUAUUCAUAUCUAAUAAAUAAUAAUGUAACAGUAUUUUAGACUUUCAGGGAAAUUACCCUCAUACCAAAUGGAAUUCCAUUAUAUGAAAUGAUAUAUUUCUUUUUAAAAAUUUAAUUAAUUUUAUUUUUCAUUUCAGAAAAUGCAUUGCUUAAAACAACUUGAAAAUACUAUUGAAAAUAUAAGUGCCACACAUCCAUCAUAAGAUGAUCUGAUAAUAUAAAAAUAGAAGAGAAACUCUUCCUCAGACAACUGAGUGCAGGAUGGGAUCAGACUGGGUCAGCAAGAACUGCAUAGAGAGGGAUAUUAUAGUAGAGAUGUGGAAAAAAAAGUCAUAUGGUCAGAUGAGUCAUCCUUCACCAUAUACUGUACAUACAAGUUUAUGUACAUUCUCUUACAGGUUAUUUUUUUCUAAGCAAUUGAGCAAUUUUACAUUUAGCAUUGUCUAAGGCUGACUUUCACUGAGGAGCAGACAAAGCCAUGGAAGUAUUAAAACUGUUGUAUUAACUGAUAUUAUUUUUACUGUCUGUGUUAUUUAAGUAUACAUGGUAUUCACAGCUACAGAGAUUUUUUACACAAUCCUUAAUCAUUUGCUCAGGACAGGCUUAAUGAGCCAGGUUUGUAUGGGAACAUUUAAACCCAAGACUAC